CUAUUCUAUCCUAGGGUGGCAUUGUGAGGUUGAACAGAACGUGGUAGAUUGCUUCCUGUCUACGAAGAAUGCCUUUGAAAAGGUGCUGUUAAUAUGAGUUCAUUUUUUUUCAAGUGGAAAAUCUUUUAUCUUUAUCUUUGUGAUCACGAAAUGAAUUGAUCUGCGGUUCCUACCACCAUUACUCAACAUUUGGUCCCAGUACACCUUAUCAGGAUGAACAUCUCGGUGGCCCAUGAUUUGGACAACCACACUCUGCAGGAUCUGGGCAGUCCGCUCAUCACUGUGGCUCUCCCUGUGAUCUACCUCCUGGUGAUCGUGGUCAGCACCCCAUGUAAUUUCCUCUGCUUCAUCCUCCUCUGCCUCUACACCAAGCGGAAAACCUCCACCAUCAUCUUCGCCAUCAAUCUCUCUUUUGCCGACCUCCUGUACAGCAUAUCUCUGCCACUACAGAUGAUCUACCAUUUCCGGGGCAAUGACUGGCACUUUGGUGCAAAGGCGUGCAGCUUCAACACGGUGGCGUUCCACUGCAGCAUGCAAUGCUCCGUCCUCAUCACCUGUGCCAUCGCCGUGGAGCGCUACCUGGGUGUGGUGCACCCCAUGAAGGGCAAGCACUGGUGCACGCCGUGGCGCGCCAGCCUGGUGUGCCUGCUGAUCUGGGGCCUGGUGCUGGUCGUGCAGAUGCCCAUGAUGCGCCAUGACCUGACACUCCGUGUGGAGCAGCUCAACCUGACCACCUGCUUCGAUGUGAUCCCGCGUGGAACCUUUGGCAGCAGAGGGCUCACCUACACAUAUUUCGGCGCAGUCUUCCUGCUGUUCUAUGCUGUGCCGCUGGCCGUCCUCGUGGCGUGCUAUGUGGCCGUGACACGAGGGCUCCGUCACUCACCACUGACGGACGUCGAGGACUAUUCGCGCCGUUACGCGUGGAUUGUGUGCUCCAUAGCUGCAGUGAGCUUUGUCCUCUUUUACCUGCCCAACAUACUUCUCCAGAUCCUGCACUUGCUGUUCCGUUCAAAAGGCCACAGCCUCUACCCCUACUACAAGCUCACUCAUGGCAUCAACAGCCUCAACUGCUGCGUGGACCCCUUUGUUUACUACCUCGCUUCCCGCGAGUUCCGCAAUACCUUCCGGAGGGCUCUGCGUCCAUGUCAGUGUUGUGGCCAAUGCGACUCGGACGAACUGUCCACACCCGACAUCUUCAGCUUCAGCAAGGCCUCACUGUACAACAACAGCAAGCUGUGAUUCCUCACUCUCGACAUUCCCAGGGCAAGAGAGAACACAACAACAGCACAAAACUGUUUAUCUUUAACUGGGGAGCAGGGAAAGGAACUCCAAUAAACCUGGACUUCCCUGUGAAUGAACAGGUACUCAAAUAGAACUCAAUAGAUUUGGACAUACCUGAUGAUGAGCUCCGUUUCAAAAAAAGGAAUGUCUGCUACCAUCAGAAACAGAUUUUCAGUCAAAUUAACUGAACUUUUAACUAGUUUAAAAUUAAAAAUGGUGAACUAUGAACGUGAACAGUUCACUUUGCAUGUGUGUGAUUCUGAACUUUGAACUAGUUAUUGAAAAGUGUGAAUGUGCACAACACUGUGCUGCAAACUAUUGGGCAUUGAAUGUCAUGUGUUUAUGCACCUUGUACACAUUGUCUUUAGACUUUAGACAUUACAUUAUCAGUGCUGAUCAAAACUCAGUUUGUUGUAUAAAGUGACAGUGGUAUUGUGUCUAUUGAAAAUAGGUGGGUGGGGAGGUAGCAGAAUAGUCAUGCUGGAUGGGAGCAUUGCUCGGAUUUUUCAGAAAGAAGAGGGAGGUGUUGUUGUUUAUUUUGUGUUGAUGUGGGGUUUUUUUGCCAAAGCAGUGGGAACAUGUCAGUGUACUCAUAGUGAAGAGUGUAAGUAUUACCAUUAGUGUGUUGGAGAUUUUGUGUAUAUAUGCAUGUUUGUAGCCUGUGUUUAUGGGGGGGGGGGGGGGUUAAAUUGUUCAGAGGGCUCAGUUCUCACAUUAUGAAAGCUUGUUUUGUAUUCAUGUUGCUAAACUUUUGCUAAACUGCUGCUACUGCGUAAAGGUAUAGUUCGGCGUUUAGAACUAUUUGUCAUGCUGAAUAAAGUGGCCAUAUAAA